GACGGAGCAAUCGAAUCGGCAGAUUUGAAACGUCUAUUAAUUAUUUCAUGAUAUUCUUUUUUCUGAUUUGAGUGUUUAUUUACUCACCUUAAUCUACCUUUUUUUGUUUCUGGUGUAUUGCUUACUUCCCACAUUUUCUGAGACCAGCUAAACUUGCUUAAAUUAAUAAUUUAAAAUAACUGUUGCAAUAUUUAACUGUUCAAUUUUACAAUGACUUCUCGUCGUAAACAAACACGUCCUACGAAAAACUUUUUGGAAUUGGAAUUAAAUUUCGCAUCAAAUUUAUCAACAUCUUCAAAUUAUUUUGAUAUCAUGUUGAAAAAUUCAAUGUCAACCUUAGUACUACCAAAUUUUCAUUCAACUUCAGAAAAUUGUAUAAAUUUUCGAGAUAGUUUGAAUGUGGAAUCGAAUCUACCAAACUUACCACCUGUAUCCAAAUGGAAUUAUGAAGAUACCACAACAUAUAUUUCUAAUCUUAAUUUACAAAAUUCUAUUCCUAAUGUAAUUGAUAAUCAUAUGAUAAGUCAUUAUCAGACUACACAAAAUUUAUUAAACUCUAGUAAACAAUCUUUACCGUCAUCAUUAUUUCUUCCAUCUUAUGCAGAUAGUGGUUGUUUAAGUUUAAAUGAUGAAACUAGUAUGAUUAAUGUAAAUCAUUCUACUUCUACACCUGUACAUACAGUAGAUAAUGAUAGUACUACACCUACUUCAAAUAUUAGUACAACAACAAUUAGUCCAAUUAAUAUUGAUAGUUUAGAUAAUAUGAUGAAUGAAACACAAAUUAUUGUUGUAUCACCGAAUAAUAUUCAAACAAAUCCAAUGACUAUGAAAGAUUAUUGUAAAACAGCAACAACAGUUAAUACAUCUGCUAUUACAAUGAAUACUAAUACUACUUGUACUAAUCCAAACAAUGAUCAAUUGGUUGAACAAAAACAAUUAAGAAUAGUCAAUUAUUCUGAAGAAAAUCAAACACCAAUAAUGAAACAAUCAAUGGAAGAAUAUAAAAGAAAUUGUAAUAUGUUAAAUAUAUCAUCGAAUAUAAUUAAAAAUAAACAACAUGAUGAAAUGAAUCAAGAUGAAUCCCAUUCAGAUAGUGAGUUAAAUCUAAGUACAGAAUCAAUUAAUCGAAAGAAUCGAGCAGAAGUAAAAAUACAGCCAUAUGCUCUUCGUGGUAAUAUUGAAGUAUUUCGUUGUCCAUUAUGUUCAAAAGAUGAAAUAUUUAGUCGUGGACAUUUAACAAAUCAUUUACAAGAUCAUCAAAGUAAUUUUAAACGUGAAGAUUAUAAACAUGUUUGUUGUUUUUGUUUUAGUGAAUUAAGUUCAAAUAGUUCACUUGAACGUCAUUUAUUAACUCAUACAAAUCAUCGUCCAUUUAAUUGUAAUUUAUGUGAUAAAGCAUUUACAACUAAUGGUAAUUUAAGUCGACAUGUACGUACAUCUCAUCAAGCAAAAGCUACAACAAUAAAUAAUUUGACUUCAUUCACUUCAACAACAACAUCAUCAUUAUCACCAACUAUCCAGUCAAUAACAAAACAAUCAACCUAUUUACCCAAUUGGUUUCAAUCUUCAAAUAGUUUACAUACUUCACCUAUAUCAAGUACUUAUACUAAAUUAAAAUCAUCAUCUAUUCAACAUACUACUAAAAUGAAUGAAUAUCAAGAUCAUAGUAAUAUACAAAAAUCACCGAUAAAACCAUCAGAUUUAAAUAAUCAUGGAAUAAACUCAUUAAAAAUUUUAAACUUUCAUUCAGGUAAUGAUUUAUGUAUAUCAAAAAUGAAUUUAAUUCAGUCAACUUCUAAUUCAGAUAAUAAUAAUAAUGAUAAUAAGCAAUCUAAUAUGAAUACAAAAUCAUGUGUAACCAAUUUACAGAAUGUAUCAUCCUAUUUCAAUAAAACAUUACAAAUAGAACCAAUUAAAUUUACAUCAAUCAAUUCAGAAGAAUAUCAAACAGACUAUUUACCAAAUUUACCACUAAAUUAUUCGAAUAAUUUAACAGAUUGGUCAACAAAUUACAUGAAACAUGAACAACAGAAUGGAGAGGAACAUUUUAAUAAGUUUACAGAGAUUGAAAGUUGGCCAUCUUAUAAAUCAAAUACUACAUCGUCACUACUUCAAAUGUUUACAAAUUAUUGGUUACAAUUAAGUAAAAAUUAUAUCUUAAAUAAUUCAUCUCAGACAAGUUUAGAUGCACGAACAGUUAUUACUAGUUUAUUGCCUUCAUUAUUGUUGAAAAAUAGUACAAUCAAUAGUACAUUUGAAUCAAAUGAUACAUUGUCAUCAGUUAAAAAUAAUGAAUAUGAUAUCAAUGAGAAUUUUUCACAUUCGGAAUCACCAAGAAUUACUAUACGUGAAAUUCCACCAUUGAUUACAAAUGAAAUAGAAGAGAAUAUGGAUUAUAAAUUUUAUAAAACAUACAAUUUUAAUCCAACAGAUUAUGUUAUUUCUUCAUCUCCUAAUACAAAUUUUGAGAAUGAUCAAUAUCCUCGAAAAUCAUCAAAAUAUAUUAAUAAAACAAAUAGGAAUAUAAGUAGAAAAUCACGGAUCACAAAAUUGUGUACCACAAAAACAUUUUCAGUUCGUUAUAUAUUGGCUAAGAAAAAGAAAAGUCUCUCUGUGAUAGGGAAGAGAAAAAGGACACGAAAAGUUACAGAAAUGAAAUUCCAACCAUUGAGCCCUUUACAAUGUGAUUUUAAACAGAAUAAAUCAUACAAUUUAAAACAAAAUGAAUUAACUGAAAAUCAGUUUUCCCCAUAUAGGUCACAAAGUUUACAAAACCAAUAUAUUUUAUCAAAUACUGAUUAUGUGUGUUCACCGAACAAUUUAUCCAAUACAUCUAGUAGACGUUCACCUAUUCAAUGUAAUUACAAUGAUAAUUAUUUAACAGAUAUAACUGAAUUAAAUUAUACCCAGUCAUUAGAAUCUAACUCUGACGAAGUGCUUGACCUUUCUUUACACAAGAGAAAACUAGAUACCUUGGAAGGAAGUUAUACACUUUCACACGAAGUUCAUACACCUGGUAGAUCUAAUAUUCCAUGGAUGAAAAAACCUGAUAUUAGUUUAAAACCCCCAGUUUUUACACCAAUCAACACAUCUGACACUUUGUGUUCUUCGUAUACAAAUACUAACAUGUUAGCUCAAUCUGAAGCGGACAUAAAACUUUCUAAUCAGGAGUUUAAUUUAAACAAUAUUCUACAUGAUAUCUAUAGUCUACCAAUUAUGCAACAUAUGAAGACAUUGCCAACUCCAAUUAAUAAUGAAUUUAAAAGAGAUACAACUACUGGUACUACCAUCUCUAACAAUAAUCCAUUGAAUAUUCUGCCAUUACCAGCCAAUACAUCAAAUAUUAAUAAAAUGUUUCCAGUUCAUUCAACUAUCCCAACAACACUGAUUCAAAAAAAGAAUUCAUAUAAAGAUGCGCCUAAAUUAAUCACUUGUCCUAUAGCUGGUUGUCAACAAAAGUUUCCAUGGAACAGUUCAUUAAAACGACAUAUUUUAACACAUACUCCUCAUAAACCAUUUGCCUGUACAAGAUGUACAAAAUCAUUUUCAACCAAAUCAAAUCGUGAACGUCACAUGGAACGUGUGCAUCGAGUUAGUUUAAAACGACAACGUCAACGUUUUCAUCAGUCAAAUAUGAGUAUACAAAGUCCUUCUAGUGGUGAUAAUCGUUCUGAGUUAAGUGGUCAUAAUUCUAAUCUAAAUUCUAUUAGUCGAACUAAUAUUGGAGAUAAUGAUCAGGAACUUGACAAUAUUGAAGAACUGAGAGAAGAUGAAAUAAUAUCCAUGAAUUCAAAUGAAAAGCAGGCGGAAGAUAUCAGUAAUAGUCUGUUGAUACGAGCUGGAGAUCCAGUAGUGGAACCCAAUCCUGAGAGAUUAUAUAACGCUGCACUACUUGCAGUGGCGAAUUCUACAAGAAGUGGUCUAACAAACUAUUUAAAUGACACUUCUUCGAACUGUAUAAAAGAUAUUCCUCAAAGUAUGUUGCCUACUGUUCCAGUCCGAUUAGGAAGGACGGGAAGGGUUGGCAGGCGUCCUAGGCGCGGCAGCAUACUGAAUAUGAGGAGCAAUGUUCUGGAUAACGACGAUCAAAUGACUUUUCGUACAAUUCCUCAAACAAGUAAUGCUAAUAGUUCUAUGCAUGAUGAUGUUGCAGAACCACCAGUGGAUUUAUCGAUGCAUUCAGCGUCAAAAAAUGCAUCUUCAACACUUUCUUGUCCAGUAUGUUCAGUACCAGUUGCAAGUAGGUGUUUUCGCCGUCAUCUUACACUACAUCAACUAGACAAUCCAGUUUUUCGAUGUCAUUUGUGUCAGCUUACAUUCCAAGAUCAAGUUUCAACUUUAACUCAUUGGGCUAUGGAGCACUCAAACGAGUGGGCUAAAUUUGUUAAAAAACUAAGCUCAAGUGAAAGGUCAGCUGAUGUUUUAACGCAAAUCCAGCUAACUUUGAGUAAAAAUAAUCAGACAAAAGCUGAGUUAGAGGAAGACAAUGAAACUAACAAAAACUUACCAGAAUCAAAAGAUCCAAUUAAUUACUCCUUAAAAACAACCACUUACGAUAUGCGCUAUGUGUCAUGUUGUGUUUGUCUUCAUCGCUUUGGUAGUCAACAAGAUUUGCAAAGGCAUAUGAGAUCCCAUACUGGUGAGCGGCCUUUUGUUUGUCCACAUUGUGGGAAAGAAUUUUCUUUGAAACACAGCAUGCAUAGACAUGCUCGUGUUCAUAUUAAAGAGAAUGUUCGAAUAAAUGCUUCCAAAAACGCCUCCCUACCUGCAAACAAUCAUUCAUGUCCUACUUUUAAAUCGGAGGAGAUUAGCUGAGCAAUUUUUUGGGUUAUCUUUUCUGUAUUUCACUAAUCAAGCGCCACACUUUGAAGUAUUUUCAAAGUUUACAUCUUUAAAAUAUUCGUUUCAAAUGUAAUUUUCCAGUUUCCGUUUCCAUGCUUCAUUAAAUUCAUCGGGAAAUUUCUUUGGUGCUUAUGGUUACAAAUUUUAUUGUAAAUUGACCUAGUGUUAUCAUCAAAAAUUUACUGCAUCUUAACGGAAUUCUUUUUACACUUAUGUUACGGUGAAGGUUAAAAAUGCAUUUUUGAAAACGAUCAAACGCUCUAAAACUUUUACUUACACUCUGGAUCUGGCCAUCAUAUCAUUUUAUUUUACCCCCUCGCAAGUAUUUCGAUGUUUCUCUUUGAACUGUCUUAUCUAAUUUAAAAAAUAUAAAAUUGUACCAUCUCCA